AUGAAGCCCUCAGUUGCUAGUCUCCCAGAAUCUGAUAAAGAUGAGAAGAAAGAAUUCGGCUUGCAUGGCACUUUGACCUUGGUGGGCGCCUUCGCAGGCUUCUUCUGCACAGUGGGCUUUUUCAAUUCAUUCGGUCUCUUCGAAUCAUACUAUCAAUCACAUCAGCUGGCAGAUGAGUCACAAUCAACCAUCUCAUGGCUUGCAGCUGUCAGCACUUUUCUUCUGUAUUCAGGCUCAAUUGUGUGCGGUUCUCUCCUGGAUGCAUUUGGCCCCAUGGUCAUGAUAUAUUUAGGUGCCUUUGGAACAGUUCUCUGUCCGAUGAUGCUCUCUCUGUGUGGGAGGUUUUGGGAAUUUAUGCUAGCACAAGGCGUUUUGUUUGGCAUCUCCAUGGCUCUGACUUAUACCCCAGUGCUGGGGGUAAUUGGGCAACAUAUCAAACGUAGUCGAGCUGCCGCCAUGGGAGUGGUCAUUGCCGGCUCCUCCUUGGGGGGUGUUAUCUGGCCUAUAAUGCUCCAAAAGCUCAUUUAUAAUCCUCAUGUUGGCUUCGCAUGGGCAUUGCGAAUAGUGGGCUUUAUGAUGCUGCCUCUACUCGGUCUUACCUGUGUCUUGCCCGAAGCUCUGCUGACCUGCUUGGCGUUCUUCGUGAUCUACUUUGGUAUGUUCACUCCGCUCUUCUUUACCGCAUCAUUUGCGAGUACAAAGGGCUUCUCGGAAGAUCUCUCUUUUUAUACAAUCUCCAUCAUGAACGCCGCCUCAUUGUUCGGCCGAGUUGCCCCAGGGUUUCUCGCAGACUCGUACGGACGGUUCAAUAUCUGCAUCGUCAUGACAAUUUCUUCAGGGGUCGCUGCUUAUUGCUGGAACACGGUCACUUCCGUGGCAGGUCUCGUGAUAUUCUCAUUGGCCUAUGGAUUUUUCUCGGGAGCGAUUCUAUCCCUCCAACAAGCUUGUGCGGCACAAAUUUCAACACCCCUGACAAUGGGCCGCAUGAUGGGUGUUGUUAUGGCCUCUGCAUCGUUGUCCGGUCUAGCUGGUAUUCCAGUCGGCGGCCAACUAUCCGAGAAAUACGGGUAUCAAGCUUUGUCCAUGUACGCCGGCACAAGCCUGAUCCUUGGCGGCGUCCUUCUCGCCGCAGCACGAUUCAAACAACAACGCAGUCUCUGGUCUGUUAUUUAG